AUGCCCGCUCCGGCAGGCGCGAAGCGUGUCAAGGUAAUCUACGGCUCCAUCGCCAAACCCCUCGACCCCAGCAACCGGCCCCCCGGCAUCAGCCCGGAGCACACGCACCAAUGGUCCGUCUUCGUGCGCGGGGUCAACGACGAGGACAUAUCCUACUGGCUGAAGAAGGUGCAGUUCAAGCUGCACGAGACGUACACGAACGCCUCGCGCAUGGUGGAGUCGGCGCCCUUCGAGGUGACGGAGACCGGGUGGGGGGAGUUCGAGGUGCAGAUGAAGCUGUACUUCGUGCCCGAGGCGAACGAGAAGGCGCAGACGCUGUGGCACGCGCUGAAGCUGCACCCGUACGUGGGGGACGUCGAGGGCCAGAAGGAGCGGCGGGAUCCGAUCGUCAGUCAGAACUUCGAGGAGGUCAUCUUCUCGGAGCCCGUGGAGCCCUUCUACGACGUCCUGACGAGCGGGCCGCCGCUGCCCGCGAGGGGGAAAGGGGGCAAGGGGAGCAAGCAGGCUACGUUGCGGAAACAGGGGGAGAGGAGUGCGGAGAUCCCGUACGCGAACAGUGAGGGGAACCCGUUCAGUCAGAAGGAGGAGGCGAUGGAGCUGGAUAGGUUGAGGGAGGCGAUGAAGACGCUGGACGGGAUGGUGAAGGAGGAGAGGGCCAAGUUGGCGGGGAAGGAGAAGGUGAUGGAGGGAUUGAGGAGGGAGGGGGCGGGGCAGCAGGGGAAGUGA